AUGACCAACGCGACAUCAGCACAGUGUGAUCAGAAGAACGCCGAUUGCCGUAACGACUGUGGAAUCACCCUGGACCUGUGUGAAACAAGCACUACUGCUGAUUACACUUCUUGCAACCACCUUUACAUGCUAUGUCUCGAUAAGAGUGCGUUCAAGGUCACCAGCAUUCCCGCCAGCCUGAAGCCUACCGUCAGCAUCCCCUCCGUCAACGCCACUACCAAGGCCACUGCUGCUCUGACUACUGGUCCCGCAUCUGGUGCUUUCUCUACUGGAGCUGCCUUCGUUUCCGGCCCUUACAACAACGGCAGCGCUUCCACUGCUGAUGCUCAAUCUGGCGCCGUCUCUGUCGCAACAUCGACUGAAAGCACGGUUUACAUCACUGACGUCGUCAAGACUACCGUUACUACGUGCCCUGUUGGUCAAACGUAA